AUGGAUAUUACUCUCAUCGAGGGUCCGGGGGGGAACAUCACGGGCGCCAUAUAUUUCACUUACAACCCAUCCGGAUCCGCUGCCUACGGGUUUAUGGCACUUUUCGCAUUAUGCACUCUGGGACACAUAAUCUACAUAUUUCCACUGCGGUCAUGGUACUUUAUAAAUUUUAUCUUAGGUGGCCUCUGCGAAGUAUUUGGGUACUAUGGACGGAGUAAAUGCCAUGACAGUGUCAGCAAUCUUGGUCCUUGGAUCUUGCAAAUGAUCCUCAUUCUCGGCGCUCCAACUUUUCUUGCGGCUAGUGUCUAUAUGACCCUCGCGCGCCUCACCGUAGCCCUAGGAGCAGAAGAGUUUUCGAUGAUUAGUCCACGAUGGUUGACUAAAAUUUACGUUCUGAUCGAUGUACUUUGUUUUUUCAGUCAAUUUCUGGGAGCAGGUGUUCAAGCUUCUGGUGACGCAACAGUCAUAUCUAUUGGAAACAAAGUCAUUCUCGGCGGUCUCAUAUUUCAGAUCAUAGCAUUUUUCUUCUUCCUAUAUAUGGCUUGGCGUAUUGGUGCCCGUUUCGACAAAAGUCAAGAAACUCAUCCGAGUAGCCUUCGCUAUCCGGAACUCGAAAGGGGAUGGAAGAAGUACUUUAGAGCUUUAUACGCAGUCAGCAUACUACUCAUCAUUCGAAACUUGGUGCGUGCGAUUGAAUAUGCGCAGCAAGCAAGUGGCGGAGGAUUUCAAUUUGCUACGAGGAAUGAUGACGGAACUCUCACUUAUUCUGGAGAACAUAAGGAGACAAUUGGAGAUAAAGAAGUCUAUCUUUAUCUAUUUGAUGCUGCGCCAAUGUUCUUGGUAGUUUUGAUAUUCUUGAUCAUUCAUCCGGGGAAAUUUAUCAAGAGGGCUCGUGUUGUAAAGGGAGAAAGGUUAUCAGUCACUGAAAUGGAGGCUUUGACGAAAUGA